AUGGCGACCGCCGGCUCCCCCAUUCUUCGCCAGCACGUGGGGCGUAGAAUGCCCGUUAUUGUAUGGCGCCUGCUGUUGAUGCUUUGCAUUCUCAGUGUUGCUGGUUAUUACCUUAGCAGCUUUUUCCGCUCUACUAGCCAGAAAAUACCACAGGCCAGUGGCGGCGCCCGAUCAAUCGGUUCCGGCGCUGCCCAUGUCGGCAAGAGCCACGAAGACAAGUUGAUCUCUGGGGACAGCAGCAAUUUGCAAGACAUUCUGAAGGAUCCCUCUCAUAGUAAAUUUCCCGCCAUUAUUAUUAGCAGCCUUCUUUCACCUAAGCCCAUGGUGUGGGUACUUGGGGAACAUCCGCGGGUUCCCUUUGCUUGUCUCGUAGUCAUAGUGGUGGACGGGGACACACUGCGCUGCGUUCCCGUGACGUCGGAUUUUGACGUGUACGUGCAUUUGGAGUCGCAGCAGGAGCAGAAUCUUGAGCCGCUGUCGAAUGCAUUGGGAACCUCUACGUCGAAGUACGUACAGCGGCAGAAGCCUCCGCAGCUAGUGCUGUCUCCUUGGCCUUCGCGUUGCUCUCCGCUCUCUGCCUGCACUCUUAGGAUUCGCCUCUACGCAAUAGACGCGCCUGAGACCUGGAAGGGCAAGCCAAAGCCAGCAGCGGCAGCAGACGCGAAGACAACCGUCUCAUAUGGUUCUGCUCAUCUAGACGUUGGCGGGCAGCCCUUAGGGGUAGCAGCCUCUGCAGCCUUAGCCGCUAUGGUACUGGGACGUGUUGUGCUGCUGCAGCCUCUGCGGAACGACAGGUACGGGCGACUCUUGGCUAGGGUCUUAGUGCCCAGCGUCACUUCGGAGACGACGGACGGGUUCCAGGCAUUCAGCGACUACAUCCAACAACUUUCGCUACUAGUUGCAACGCACAACGAAGCAGAAGGCGCCCCCUCAGGCGAGCACAAAGGAAACAGUUUCAAAUCAGGGCGUAUGUCCUCCAAUGCGCUGCCUGCAGAGGGCCACCCCAAAAAGUGGGAGCGACAUGAGGUGGGGUUGGAUGGCCUCAAGGCUCAACAGGACCCUCCGAUGGCCCUUUCUGCAGCCUCUGAGGCGCUGCAGCAAAUCGUGGGGUCCCCUGAGGUGCCUUUGACAGCCCUCUGGAAGGGGUCAUCACUGGGCGGAAAGGAGUCAGGGCAGCGUGUGUCGCUCAAGACCUUAGAGGAGGCUCAGCCUCCUCUGCUGCACGACGCCAGUGAUGCCAUGCUCAGACGAGGCUUGAGCUCCCUGUAUACUGGAAGGGGUGCCGCGUACGCGGGGAGGCUGCAGCUGCUGCAGCUUCAGCAGCAGGCGGCAAUUAGCAGCAGUGAAGGCAUCUGGGGCCUCCCUCCUUCCUUGAGGCAAAGCCCUGCAGAAUACAAAAGAGCAAAUAGACGCAGGAACUAG